ACACAGACCUGGGCAGUGAGAUGGUGACGGUUACCCUGAAGGAUAUCUUUCAGACCAACCAUGCCAUCCCCUGGAGCUUGUUGAAGGGACAGGAGGAGAAUAGGCCGGUUCUCAAGGAUGCAAAAACUUACCCAGAACUGGCAGACACCCUGCUCAAACAUUUGACACAUUUCCGGUACCCCUGUGUCUUCCCUAGAAUGGUGGAAAUGGUCAAGGAGAAGGGCAGGGAUGUCAUCAGUUGCCUGGUGGCUGGUCUGACCGCUGCGCAACUGAAGUUCUUCCCCCAUGUCCACUACAGGACCUACAAAGGGACAAAAAGGGUCAAUUGGAAGAACGAUGCGUAUGCCCUGCUCAGACCCGAAGGGGAGCCAGAGACAGCAGAGACCAGGGCAAUCAAGCUCAAUGAGCUUGUUGCCCAGGAACUGCUCGAAAGGGCUUUGACGGAGGACGGGCACCUGGAGCGGUACAGGGAGUGGGGGAUGCCCUGGCUUCCCAUGGUGCUGUCAAGGAUUCCCCCUGAGGUGAAGAAGGAGGACAGGAAGAUGGACCUUGUGGUCUAUUUGUCUUGCCUUGCCAUCAUAAUGAAUGGUGGAUUUGUGCACUUCGCCAAGCUCAAGGACCUUCACAAAUCCCUCCCUGUCUCCCAGAAACGGCUGUUGGACAUCCGUCUCCGGUCAGUCUUCUCCCUGAAGACCAUCUGCAGGGAUACAGUCCUGUACAGGCUGGCAGAUGACAUACCCACCACCCUGCCAGCCACACGCAAUCCCUACAGGGGUAGGAAGGGCCGCGAGGAGGAGGCGCAGGAGGAAGAGCCUGCUGACCCUGGACUUGACGAGUCAACCUCACAGUUGCUGGUGGAGGAGGAUAGCCGUCAGGCCAGGUCUAUCAGCAUGGCCAGGCCAGCUGGCAAACGGACAAAGUGGUCACCCCAGGAACUAGCCCUGGUAAGGGACACUGGGGACCUGGAGGCUGACUACAAGUCAUAUGUGAAAGAUUGCUUUGACAGUGACAUUCCCCACCGUUCCAAGCAGUCUUUCAAAGCCAUGCGCUGGCGCAUGAGGGAUAACUAG